AUGCUGAAACCAUCGACUUACGGAUCAGCAUGUGAGUUGAUUGCCGCAUCUGAAUUCUAUCACUGCAUAUUCAGAGUAUACCAUGAUGGUCAUUUACUGCAGAGCUUUGGUGUUGAGGGAACAGCAACUGAGUAUCAUAUACUGUUCUCUGGUAAUCUCAGUAGUGGACACUUUGAUGUUCUUGAGCCAACUCAUAACACUGAAAAUGAUCAUGACUCAUCGACAAAGUUCAAUAUUGUCCUUGAAACUAACCAUCAAAAGGCACCAGAAAUUCCACCCAAACCGUAUCGGAAAACAGUUUCACAAUGCACUGAAGAUGAAGGUGUGAACUUUGAAUACAGCAUAGAACAACCUAAAGUUAAACGGUUAAAGCAAAUUGCAACUUCACAACCUGUUGAAACUUCCAUCAGGAUAAGUCACAUUAGAGACAUUUUACAUGAUGAAAAAGAACUAGGCCUACUUGAGCAUGUAAAUCAAAAAACAAAUAUUUUUCAGUCUUAUGACAGUUACUCGGAAAAUAUUGAACAACCCGAAAAUACAGCUAAACAAGAUAAAGUAAAAUCAAAAAAGAAACGAACCAAGCGGAAAGGGCAUUUUUCAAUUACGCCACGUUUAAAACAACUGCGUGAUGCUGCAGCUAAAUAUAAAAUAACACACCCAGAAGUCAACAAAGCUGCUGUGGCGAAAUACACUCAGCAAAACCCGGAAGUCAAUCGUGCGGCUGUUGCCAAGUAUACUCAGCAAAAUCCAGAAGUUAAUCGAGCGGCUGUUGCCAAGUAUACUCAGCAAAAUCCAGAAGCACACCGAGUAGCUGUCGCAAAGUAUACUCAGCAAAAUCCAGAAGCACACCGAGUAGCUGUCGCUAAGUAUACUCAGCAAAAUCCAGAAUCACACCGAGUAGCUGUCGCUAAGUAUACUCAGCAAAAUCCAGAAGUACACCGAGUAGCUGUCGCAAAGUAUACUCAGCAAAAUCCAGAAGCACACCGAGUAGCUGUCGCAAAGUAUACUCAGCAAAAUCCAGAAGUACACCGAGUAGCUGUCGCAAAGUAUACUCAGCAAAAUCCAGAAGCACACCGAGUAGCUGUCGCAAAGUAUACUCAGCAAAAUCCAGAAGCACACCGAGUAGCUGUCGCAAAGUAUACAAAAAAUAAACCUGAAGUGAACCGGGCUGCUGUUUCAAAAUAUGAUAAAAAUCAUGAAAAGCGCCAGCAGCGUAAAAACAAGACGUGGUCUGCAAACGCAAACUCUGGAUUCCAAUAUGACCCUAAUAUUUGUUAUGAAUCAGAUAAAAUCAUUUCGUUAGGACCCAUGGAAGUUUUAUGCAAUCAUUGUAAAGCUCUAAAAUGGAAAAACGAAUCCAACGGAUUGUGUUGUGACAGUGGAAAAGUUUGUAUUAACCGCCUUGAAAAACGACCUGAACCUCUUCACAGCCUCAUUGUCGGUGGUCAUCCCGAAAGUGAACACUUCCUCAGCAACUCUAGAAAGUAUAAUAGUGCUUUCCAAAUGACGUCCUUUGGAGCUAAACAAAUUGUUGAAAGCGGCUUUAUGCCUACAUUUAAGGUACAAGGACAAGUAUAUCAUUUAAUUGGUAGCCUGCUACCUUCAUCAAACAGCGAUGAUCAUCAGUUUUUACAGCUUUAUUUUAUUGGCGAUGACAAUAAGGAAACAACUGCACGCUGUGACAAGGUCCCAGGAAUCAAACCAGCAUUAGUCCACAUGAUUCAAAACAUGCUUCAUAAUUUUAAUACUUAUGUUAUGGACUUUAAAUGCGCUAUUGAAAAUAUGUCAGAAGAUAGUAGGCAAUUCCAAGUCGUCAUUCAUGCUGAUAAAAAACCUACUAAUGCCCACAGGGGCAGGUACAAUGCACCGGUAUCAGGAGAAGUUGGUGCAGUGAUUGUUGGCCAAGAGUUUGGAAAGAGAGAUAUUUUAAUUAAGGGUAGGGACAAUAAACUUCAGCGCAUUUCAGAAACGCACAGGGCUUACGAUGCUUUGCAGUAUCCUCUAAUGUUCUGCUACGGUGAAGAUGGCUAUUCCAUAUCCAUUUCUCAGUGUGACCCUGAUACAAAGACUCAUUUGCAGAAAACAGUUUCUGCUGCAAGCUAUUAUUGUUUUCGGUUAAUGGUUUUAAGUGAAGAAAUAAAUUACUUGCAUCAUUUCCGUGGCUUACUUAAUCAGUUCAUGGUUGACAUGUACGCCAAAAUUGAAACCGAGAGGUUAAACUUCAUUAGAAAUAAUCAGAAAAAACUUCGGGCUGAAAACUACGUUCACUUAAAAGAUGCCGUCGGGAAAGGUGACACAAAUCCAGAAGACCUAGGACAAGCAGUGAUCUUGCCUUCAACAUUCACUGGUGGGGCGCGGUACAUGCACGAGCGGACACAGGACGCCAUGACCUACGUGCGGCACUAUGGAAGGCCAGAUCUGUUCAUCACAUUUACGUGUAACCCUAAGUGGGAUGAAAUAUCUGAAAAUCUGUUUGAUGGACAAAAGCCUCAGGACCGCCAUGAUUUAAUCAGUCGUGUAUUUCACCUUAAAGUAAAAUCCAUGAUUAAUUUACUAACAAAGGUUGGCAUUUUUGGGCCCAGCUUAUGUUUCAUGUACACCAUCGAGUGGCAAAAGAGGGGACUGCCCCAUAUCCUUCUAUGGCUGAAAACCAAAAUCAAGCCUGAAAAAAUCGAUCAAGUUAUUUGCGCUGAGAUACCAGACCCUGAAACAGAUACAAAACUCCACAACAUUGUUAAAUCCACAAUGAUUCAUGGCCCUUGUGGUGACUUAAACAAGAAAUCACCGUGCAUGGUGAAAGGAUCGUGUAGCAAACAAUACCCUCGACCUCUUCUUAAAGAAACUCAGACUGGGGAUGAUGGUUACCCCAAGUACCGCAGACGAGCCUCAAAUGACGGUGGACAUACAGUCAAAAUUAGCAACAUGACUCUGGACAAUAGGUGGGUAGUGCCCUACAAUCCUGUACUUUCCCGUACAUUCAACGCACAUAUCAAUGUAGAAUAUUGUAAUUCUGUUAAAUCAAUAAAAUAUGUUUGUAAGUAUGUAAAUAAAGGAAGUGACCAGGCAGUGUUCUCUUUAAGUGACCAACUUGACGAAGUGACUCGGUAUGAAUCAGGGCGUUACAUAAGCAGCUCCGAAGCAGCUUGGAGAAUAUUUUGUUUCCCUAUACAUGAACGCUUCCCUCCAGUAUUUCACCUUGCUGUACAUCUCGAAAAUGGGCAAAGAGUCUACUUUACAUCAACUAAUGUCACUGAUAGAGUCAAUAACCCAGCUAAAACCACUCUUAUUGGGUUUUUUGAACUGUGCCAGCAUGAUGACUUCGCUAAAGGUCUUCUGUACUGUGAGGUUCCAGCAUACUAUGUAUGGAAAUCCAACAAGUUUGUAAGAAGGAAGCAAGGACUUCCUGUGCAGAGCCACGUUGGAAUAAAAAAGGACCAUGUCUUAGGAAGGGUAUACACUAUACACCCAAACAAUUUUGAAUGCUACUACCUCCGGAUUUUACUACACGAAGUCAGAGGGCCCACGUCAUUCGAAUAUCUCAAGACUGUUAGAGGGGUUGUUCAUCCAACAUUUAAGGCAGCUUGCAGCGCGCUUGGGUUACUCGAGGACGACUCUCACUGGAAUCACACACUAGAGGAAGCUUCCCUUUCAGAUUCCCCUUAUAAGAUCCGUGAGCUGUUAGCUACCAUGCUGGUGUUUUGUCGAGUAGGGAACCCCAUGGAACUAUGGGAUAAUCAUAAAGAGAGUUUGGCGGAUGAUAUAAGGAGGUCAGUAGGUAAAGAUUGUGAUGAUGUUGAGCAAGCUAUGGACAUUGUUUACAACAGGUGUAUGGUUUUGCUUGAAGAGUUGGUUUAUUCGAUUUCUGGAAACUCACUCAAACAUUACGGCCUUCCUACCCCAUCACGUGAGCAUAGUGUGACAACCAACCGAGAACUUCUAAGGGAACUCAAUUAUGAUGUAGCCCAACUAUCUGAUGCAGUUGCUGUAAAUGCCGCAAAAUUAAAUCAGGAUCAACAUAAAGUUUACAAGGAAAUCACAAGUAGUAUUACAUCAGAAUUAGGGCAACUCUUUUUCCUGGAUGCUCCUGGUGGAACAGGUAAAACAUUUGUAAUCAAUUUAUUACUGGCCAAAGUGAGAAGUGAAAGGAAAAUCGCUAUCGCAGUUGCUUCCUCAGGCAUAGCAGCAACAUUGCUUGAUGGGGGAAAAACCGCACACUCCGCUUUCAAGAUACCUCUUAAUUUGAACCACACAGAGACACCAAUGUGUAACAUAUCAAAGCAAUGCAGCCUAGCACAAGUACUGAGAGAAACUCAAUUAAUAGUGUGGGAUGAGUGUACCAUGGCCCAUAAAGGAGCUAUCGAAGCAUUGGACAGAACACUCCGUGACUUAAGAAAUUGUAACCAUCUGAUGGGCGGUAUCACGGUUCUCCUGGCUGGCGAUUUCAGGCAAACUCUGCCUGUAGUGCCCCGUGGAACCCGCGCUGAUGAGGUCAAAGCGUGUCUCAAGUCAUCUUAUUUAUGGCCUAAAAUAAAAAUGCUGACAUUGAGGGUUAACAUGAGGGUUUACCUGAAUGGUGAUUUGGAUAGUGAAGAGUUUUCAGCCCUAAUCUUACAGAUAGGAGAUGGGAAGGUGUCGGAGGAUAGUGAUGGGAAAUUUUGUAUCCCUCAAAGUCUCUGUUCUGUUGUUCACGAUUUAAAAUCACUGAUCAGUAAGACAUAUCCAGGUAUAAAUGAUGAAGAGAGUCACAGCCUGGCAUGGUUACAGGAGAGAGCAAUUCUAACACCAACAAAUGAAUCUGCAAAUGGUAUAAAUCUGUCAUUGUUAGAGCAACUACCUGGAGAAAUGUCAAGAUACGAGUCAGUGGACUCAGUUGUCGAGGCAGAAGAUGCUGUUCACUAUCCAGUGGAAUUUCUACAUUCCCUUAAUCCACCAGGGAUACCCCCUCAUCUUCUUUUUCUAAAGAUUGGUUCCCCCAUUAUGCUUCUCCGGAAUUUGAAUCCACCUAAACUUUGCAAUGGGACCAGGCUACAGGUGAAUGUUUUACACAAACAUGUGAUAGAAGCAACUAUAUUCACAGGCGUUGGCCAGGGAAAUACUGUUUUCAUCCCACGAAUACCGAUGAUCCCGUCAGACCACCCCUUUCAAUUCAAGCGACUGCAGUUCCCUGUAAAGGUGUGUUACGCGAUGACCAUCAAUAAGGCACAGGGGCAGAGUUUAAAGAUGGCAGGCGUGGAUCUAAGGAAUGACUGCUUCUCCCAUGGACAGCUAUAUGUCGCGUGCUCGCGAGUCAGUUCUCCAGACAGCCUGGUCAUCCUCCAACCAGAAGAAAGGACAAAGAAUAUUGUUUACGAAGAAGUUCUUAGUAAAUAA